AUGUCUUCCAACUCCAUCAAGCUGCUGGCAGGCAACUCGCACCCCGCCCUGUUCAAGCUCGUGUCCGAGCGACUGGGCGUGCCGCUGUCCAACAUUGGCGUCUUCCAGUUCUCCAACCUCGAGACCUCCGUGACCAUUGGAGAGUCUGUGCGAGACGAGGACGUGUUUGUGCUCCAGACUGGAUGCGGCGAGGUCAACGACUUCCUCAUGGAGCUCCUCAUUAUCAUCCACGCCUGCAAGACCGCAUCGGCACGACGAAUCACAGCAGUUAUCCCCAACUUCCCUUACGCAAGACAGGACAAGAAAGACAAAUCUCGAGCCCCCAUCACCGCCAAGCUCAUGGCCAACAUGCUUCAAACCGCCGGCUGUGACCACGUCAUCACGAUGGACCUGCACGCCUCUCAGAUCCAGGGCUUUUUCAACGUGCCUGUGGACAACCUUUACUCCGAGCCCUCCACCCUGCGAUAUAUCCGAGAGCACGUUGACGUGUCGUCCGCCGUCAUUGUUUCCCCCGACGCUGGAGGAGCCAAGCGAGCUGCUGCAUUGGCCGACCGUCUGGACCUUAACUUUGCCCUGAUCCACAAGGAGAGACAGCGAGCCAACGAGGUGUCCCGAAUGGUGCUGGUCGGAGACGUCAAGGGAAUGACCUGUGUUCUGGUUGACGAUAUGGCUGACACCUGUGGAACUCUUGCCAAGGCCGCCCAGACCCUCAAGGAGAACGGUGCUCGAGACGUGAUCGCCAUCGUUACCCACGGCAUUCUGUCUGGACCCGCUGUUCAGCGAAUCAACGACUCUGAGCUGCUCAAGGUUGUCUGCACAAACACUGUCCCCCACGACCAUCUCAAGGCCGAGUGUCCCAAACUCGACACCAUUGACGUCAGUCCCACCCUCGCUGAGGCUAUCCGACGACUCCACAACGGAGAGUCUGUCUCCUAUCUUUUCCGAAACGCCCCUAUGUAG